AUGGCCUGGAACAUGUCAUUCCUUCUUCUUCUCGCUGCUGCUGCAGUCUCUGGUGUUAGUGGAGGACCUUGUCGUCCCAGAUCACCAACUUAUGUUCCAACUUACAGUGUGCCGACUUACAUUGCACCAACUUAUACGAUCCCUUCCGGAUCAACCACUUCUUCUCAUUCUUCAAAAGAUUCAUCCUCUAUUGUGGCUUCAGACACCACUGCAACGUCCAAGUCUAUGGCUUCAACCAGCAAUGAGCAGAGCUCAACUGUUACUUCCCAAGAGACCUCAGCCAGAACUGGAUCUACCCUUUCUUCUUCUUUCACUUAUACCUCCGAGGCUACACAGCCCACUACCAUGAAGACCAUCACUUCCAAGACUGAAGCUCCAACUUCCACCAGUGAGGCUUCAAUCACUACCUCUACUGCCACUUCCGAGACAACUGAGGGUACAUCUACUUCAGUCACUCAGACCACAAACUCAGAUACUACUGAGACUUCAGCGCUCACUACUGAAAAUACAUCUUCCAACACGGAAACAUCAGAUUCAACCAUUGACACAAUCACUUACUCUACCCCUGAGGAUACUUCGACUACAGCUAUUGAUACCACAUCGUCCAAGACAACUGAGUCGAGCUUCACGGCUGAAACCACCACUGCUACUACGACGGGCACCACUAGUGAGACCUCGAGUACUGCCACAAAGUCUGAGACAACGGAGUUGUCGAGCGGCACGAGUGAAACAACCUCAUCUACAGCCGCCACGGAAACCUCAGUUUCAAGCGAGACCACCAAGGAGACCACAACAGCUACUGCAACUACUGCAACUACUGGAACCACCGAAUCUCCGAGUGCCACCUCCGAAACUCACUCUACUACUGAGACAACUUUCACCGCUGAGCACACUACUAGCACUACCGCCGAGGGUUCAACGACAGAGAUUUCUACUACCACGGGUGAGACGUCAAGUACGGGUACCUCAAUCUCAACUAGUGGCACUGGUACCUCGACCAGCACAGGGGAGACCUCUACAAUAGGGGCCAGUUCUACGACGAGCGGAGAGGCAUCAGCCACUUCAACCGAGGCCACCACAUCUACCAAGGAGGUUUCCAGCACAACAUCCCAGCCCUCAACCACCAGCACAUUCACUUCAACUUCCACUGCCGAAUCCUCAACCUUGACCUCUUUUACAAGUACCACUUCCUCCACAAGCACCAGCACCUCCACUACUUCUGAAGCUGCCACCACCUCACCCUCCUGCUACCGUUACACCCUCUACGACAACCCACCCAAGGGAGCCGACUGUGGUCAUGAAGGGUAG